UGACAACCUUUCCGUCUGCGCUUGCACACACGUGCCUACACAGGCACGCACGUUAGAGCGGCUCAAACAGAGAAGGCUCCGCUGGUAUUCCGGGGCACGCAUAACGGAGCGCACGCUGCCGCUGUCGCGAUCGAAGCGGUUUCCACAUGGAUGCGGAUUAAGCAGCAUCCUCUGCCGACGCCUCUUCUGCUGCCUCUUUCUCUCUCUCUCUCGCAUCUCUAUCCGCCCCCCCUUCAGCGUGCUGCUCGGCUCCGCUUGACCGACCGCCCCGGGUGCUUCUCCCAGGGUAAGGGGGUGGGGAGAAUCCGGGGUGAGGGGACGGACGGACAUGGGCUGCUCGGCUGACUACACUCCGAGGAGGAGAAGGCGAAGCUGCCAAGUGGCACGUCGCGCGCAGCCCCUCUCGGUACAAAGGGCUGCUGCCUGCUUUCCCUCGGCUUUCUGAGGCGGAGGCGGCCGCUGUUAUCACCGCACCGCUGCGGUAUUUGGCCGGUUCUAGAUUUGCUGAGAGCGAGAAGAGAGGCUUGCCCCCACCCCCAUCCCGGUUCUUCAGCCCUUCGGUUCCUUUCCACAUUCCUGAUGGUAUCCGAUUGGCGCUGGCUGGAAAAAAAAAAAAAAAAGCCCAGGGCGCCUGGAAGAACAGACAGGAAUCAAACUCUCCAAGUGAUGGAUUUGCACCUCUCAAUGUUCUAGAGUUGACUACAAGAGGGAUUUCUUGGUGAUCUAUCAGUAAAAUACGUGUACAUAUUCAGAUGACUCUGGGACAUUUUUUGCAUCAAUGAUGAAAGGAUUAUCUGGCAGUCGCAGUCACCAUCAUGGGGUUGCCUGUGAACCUGUAUGUGACUCUCUGAUACAUCAUUCAGAUAGGAAGCCAUAUUUAUUAAAUCCUAUGGACCAUCAUCCAGCAGAUCAUACUUACUAUACUCAAAGAAACUCUUUUCAAGGAGAAUGCAUGGCUCCAUACAGUGAUCAGAUUGCUAGCAGCACAUUUCCUCGGAGACAUUAUAAUUCCCACAAAGAACUUAAGGAUGAAUGUGCUUUGGUGCCACAUGGAACAACCAGUAAAGGUAAUCGUAUCCCUGCCAAUCUUUUGGACCAGUUUGAAAGGCAGCUUCCUCUUAAUAGAGAUGGCUACCAUACUUUACAGUACAAAAGGAGUGCUGUAGAACAUCGUAGUGAUAGCCCCGGAAGGAUCCGCCACUUGGUGCAUUCUGUUCAAAAGCUUUUCACAAAAUCUCAUUCUCUUGAAGGCCCAUCAAAGGGCAGCAUCAAUGGAGGCAAAGCAAGCCCAGAAGACAUGCAUAGUAUACGAUAUGGCAAACGUAGCAAAAGUAAAGAUAGAAGAUCGGACGGAAAAUCCAGGUCAAAUGCGUCUGGAUGGUGGAGCUCAGAUGACAACCUAGAUAAUGAUGUUUGCAUUUAUCAUGGACCAAGUGGGAUAAUGACCAUGGGAAGAUGUCCUGAUCGUUCUACUUCUCAGUACUUUAUGGAAGCCUAUAAUAGUCUAAGCGAACAUGCAGUAAAGCCUUCCAGAAGCAAUAAUGAUGUUAAAUGUUCUACCUGUGCAAACCUGCCUGUAAAUUUGGAUGCUCAAUUAAUGAAAAAAAGCUCUUGGUCCUCUACUCUGACAGUAAGCAGAGCUCGUGAAGUUUAUCAAAAAGCUUCUAUGAACAUGGACCAGGCAGUACUGAAAGCAGAGACUUGUCAACAGGAACGGUCCUGCCAAUAUCUUCAGGUUCCUCAAGAUGAAUGGUCUGGAUAUACUCCUCAUGGCAAAGAUGAAGAAAUUCCUUGUCGGCGAAUGCGUAGUGGCAGCUACAUUAAAGCCAUGGGAGACGAUGACAGUGGGGACUCGGACACGAGCCCAAAGCCAUCUCCAAAGAUUGCUGCACGCAGAGAGAGCUAUCUUAAGGCCACCCAGCCAUCACUUACAGAGCUCACAACCCUCAAGAUUUCCGGUGAACAUUCUCCAAAACUUCAAAUCCGAAGCCACAGUUACUUGAGGGCAGUGAGUGAAGUUUCAAUCAAUAGGAGUUUGGAUAGCUUGGACCCUGCGGCUCUGCUUACCUCUCCUAAGUUUCGUUCCCGAAAUGAAAGCUACAUGAGGGCCAUGAGCACUAUUAGCCAGGUGAGUGAGAUGGAAGUAAAUGGUCAGUUUGAAUCAGUCUGUGAGUCUGUAUUCAGCGAACUAGAGUCUCAGGCAGUAGAAGCCCUGGAUCUGCCAAUGCCUGGGUGUUUCCGCAUGAGGAGCCACAGUUAUGUGAGAGCAAUCGAAAAAGGCUGUUCCCAAGAUGAUGAAUGUCUGUCUUUGAGAUCCUCAUCUCCACCUCGCACAGCCACUACUGUGAGGACCAUCCAAAGCAGCACUGUUUCCUCUUGUAUUACCACCUAUAAGAAGACACCGCCUCCUGUCCCACCAAGAACCACCACCAAACCUUUUAUCUCCAUCACAGCCCAGAGCAGCACAGAAUCUGCCCAAGAUGCCUACAUGGAUGGACAUGGACCAAGGGGAGAUAUCAGUCAGUCAGGACUUAGCAAUUCUACUGAAAGCUUGGACAGUAUGAAAGCACUCACUGCUGCUAUUGAAGCAGCUAACGCACAGAUCCAUGGUCCUGCCAGUCAACAUAUGGGCAACAACACAGCUACUGUCACCACCACUACCGCCAUUGCAACAAUAACUGCAGAUGACAGAAAAAGAGAUCAUUUCAAGAAAAACAGAUGUCUAUCCAUUGGAAUUCAGGUUGAUGGUGGAGAUGAAUCCUCUAGCUCCGGCGAAACCAGAGUGUGCAGUAAGUUCCAAUCCAUAGGUGUUCAAGUAGAGGAGGAAAAAUGUUUCCGCAGGUUUACGCGAUCAAAUAGUGUUACAACAGCUGUUCAAGCAGACAUGGAUUUCCAUGAGAACUUUGAAAUGUCCAUGGACCCUCAAGAAGAUCAAUCAUAUUCUGGGCCAAUGUCGAGACAAUAUUCCCGAGAUAUCAGCACUUCCACUGUUAGCAUACAGGGCUCAGGAAACCAUUAUCAUGCAUGUGCAGUAGAUGAUGACUUUGACACUGAUUUUGAUCCUUCCAUUUUACCUCCACCGGAUCCUUGGAUUGAUUCUAUAACUGAAGAUCCAAUUGAAGCUGUACAAAGGUCCGUGUGCCACAGAGAUGGACACUGGUUUCUGAAGCUUCUUCAAGCAGAAAGAGAACGUAUGGAAGGUUGGUGCCAACAAAUGGAGAGAGAAGAACAAGAAAAUCAUCUUCCAGAUGAAAUUUUAGGUAAAAUUCGAACUGCAGUUGGUAGUGCUCAGCUUCUCAUGGCUCAAAAAUUUUACCAAUUCAGAGAACUCUGUGAAGAAAAUCUGAAUCCCAACGCACACCCGAGACCAGCCUCCCAAGAUUUAGCAGGGUUUUGGGAUAUGCUGCAGUUGUCCAUAGAAAAUAUUAGUAUGAAAUUUGAUGAACUUCAUCAAUUAAAAGCCAAUAAUUGGAAACAUCUGGAUCUACAUGACAAGAAGGAGAGAAGGGCCCCUCCUCCAGUGCCAAAGAAGCCAUCGAAAGGUCAGGUGCCACUCAUUCGGGAACGCUCUUUGGAGAGCUCGCAGCGUCAGGAGGCCCGGAAACGGCUGAUGGCUGCCAAACGAGCUGCAUCGGUUCGUCAGAACUCAGCCACUGAAAGCGCCGAAAGCAUUGAGAUUUACAUCCCCGAAGCCCAGACCAGGCUAUGAAGGGAUCCAACCAGGAGGACUGUUAAUGGCAAGAAAUAUCUCUUGUAUAAUUUGCCCUAGGUCCAUGCUCAGAGAUACCAAUAUGUAUUUGUAUUUCUCUCCUCUUCCUUUUAUCUCUCUCUUCUCUCCCAAUGAAUUAACACUUCUGUGGUGUAACUGUCAAUUCUCCAAGAGGGUUUUGCUAACAUCCCUUGCUUUCUAAAGGUUUGCCCAUCUCAGCCUAGUGCUUCGCCAUAUGUACUGAUGCUGCCCACCUUGCCUCUUGUAAAGAAUCCCAUACACCCACAAAUAACGCCUCUCUUCCUUUCUGUCUUAUGUACACACAUGUAUGCGCGUGCACACAUACACACACACAGAAAUCUGUACAAUAGAUGCACCGAUUUACUCAUCCUUGUUCCUCAAAGGUAUUCUGUUAUCUAGUGUACAGCAAUAUUCCAUUAUUUGGUACUUUGGAAAUCCAGUAUUGCAGGGUAAUACCUUUAGGAUUCUAUUGCCCUCCACAUUGAUAGUGAAUGGAGCUUGGGCUCAGAAUCCCUUUUUGUAUGACUAUUUUUUAAUUUAAUUUAAUUUUUUAGAAACAGACACAUAUGAUUUUGAUCUUUCAAGAUAAUCCUUUUCAUCUGUCAUACCAGAAGAAGUUGGGGAGAUAGGUGUGCUGCAGUAAAAGUUCAAAUGAGUAAUGGGAAUGAAAUGUCCGUCAUCCCAUGAAAAGACUAGCAGCUGCACAAACUGCCUCACUUUAUUUCCUCAAACUCAAUUUAGAAUCUUUUUGAUCAGGAGAAGACUGUAAAAUCUAUCUUCCAAGGUAGUAAUAUUUUAAGGCAAUAACAAGAAAGCUUAGAUGAAUUUAAAAGAUGAGUGAAAAUUGGAUUAAAGGAAUAUUUUCAUCCAAUCAAGAAUUUUUAACAUUGUACUAUAUUGUCAUUUCCUAUUACAAUGAGUGCAUUUUAAAAGGGAAAAUCAUUUGUUGAUUUCCUGACUUUGAUGAGCUUUCAGAUUUUGCACAUCUCCAACUAGCUGUUUGUUUCUAAAAUGCUGUAAAUGAAAUACAUGUUGUAUACUACUCAUGACCAUUGAUAUCAAGUGAUUCAUACUUUCCCCUUUGGUUUCUUCUUUAAAAUAGAGAAUACCUUUCUUUACAAAACUGUUUUAAAGUAUGUAGUCUACACAUAAUGCUAGAUUGUUUGGGGGAAAAGACUUGAUAGGCAACAGAGCUAUUCAGUGUUUUAGAAAUGAUUUCAAAAAAGCUGCUUCAGAGCAAUUGGAAGGACAAACAUAGAACUUGUUUGUGACUCUUUAAAGUAGCCAUGUCUUUUCUUUGGAUUAUGUGGCUCUCUCUAGAGUUGCUAAAACAAAAAACCUUUUUGGAACCAAAUAUGAAACACUGCUUAACCCUAAUAAGGAACCCCUGGCAUGGGACUAUAGAAUGCAAUUUGACCAAACUAUCAUACUAGCAGAAAGCGUGAUGAUUUCACAAGUACCACAAUUUUAAGGAAAGCAUCUAACACGCACUAAUGUGCAUGUUUAAAGCACUAGAGAAUUAACAGUUCAUGUCCUAAUGGAGGUGUUGGUUUCAGUUGCAAGAUUUGGUCUACUUUCUGUUGGCAAAAUCAUGGAUGAGACUAAAACACUCAACAGUUUAUCAAUCUGGAUUAUAUGUCAUUUUUUAGUUGUAUCCUCCCAAGUCACAUGGGCAAAGAAUUGUGGGUCAUUUCUUAUUUGAAUAUUUAACUUUACUCAUGUUGGCAUCCAUGUUGAGUAUGGAAAAAUACUGAUCUAGUGCUAAUGAAAUACACUGAAUGACUGACUUGUAAUCUGUAUUAUCAAAGCUGGCUUUCAGUUAGUUUAAGGUUAAAACUUUUCAAAUAUGAAACUCUUAACUGGUUGGAUAGUAAAAUUACACAGUUCAAUCUCGCAGUGAUAGAAAUUACCAUUCAAAAGCUGGCUUUUUCUUUUGUGCCUUUUUUCUUUGAGAAUAUAUAUCAACAGAUCAUGCCAGAACAUGUUGUAAUGAUACAGCAUCAUUUUUAGGCUCUAUCUUCUUUUUUUUUUAAAGAAUCUGGGAGAGGUAACAGAUAUGGAAAUCUUAAAAAAAAAAAAAAGUAAAAUCACUAGAAAAUUUGCUACCUCUCAAAGCCAUUGAUAUAUCCAAGCUAUACACUUAUUAACAGGGCACAAAAUAUCACUGCUGUGUUUUACAAGUAAAGGGCUAAUAAUUUCCUAUUUUUAAGACUUUUAAAGGCAAGGAUAAAAAUCCAGUGUUAACUCAAAACCGAAAGUCUGACUUGCAACAUUUGAAUUGUAUUAUGUUGAGAAUGUUUUUUGCUUUACUUUAUAGCCUCUUUUUAAUAUUUGAAGGCUUGCACAUUGUUUGCAGUCUAUGUAAUAUCAGCCACCUUUAAAUAUAGACAUGAUGUUUUUUAAAAAAUUGGACUCUUCGUACACAGAUGUGCAAAACAUGUCAUACAGAUCUAUUUUCACAACAAUAUUCUGUGGUAUUUGAAUCCCAUGAAAAAGGUAUAAAAACUAGCUGAAAUGCUGUUGAAAAAAAUGUGUUAAGAUAAGGCAAUUUAUCUAGCAAUGUCAUAUACCAUAUGAUUACAAACGAUGUACUACGAAGUAGCCAAUUGUUUUAUUUGGAUUGCCCUUGGGGAAAAAUGGUGAGGAUCACAACUUAAUUUUACAUUUUCGGAGAGAUGUAUUUGCACAUCAUAACUUAAAGGAAUUUGUUAACACGAUACCUCAUUAUUCAUUUGGGUUUGAUGUAGACAUAACAAUUAUAUCUUCGAAUAAAUUCCUAGAAAAAUGCAGAAGAUAUGAAGAUGUUGAACAUCUGCCUGCAACAGAAAGAUUUGAGAAACUGCAGUCCUGCAAUGGACAACAGUGCCACCCAGAUUACUGUUUGGCACUGCAGAUCUAUAAAUCAGGCUGCUGCUUUACUCGGAUUGCCUCUUGUGGACCUUUUUAUCUAUACAGUACAAAGCAACUAGAGAAAAAAAAACAUUUCCAAAUCAUCUCUUUCUGCAGGGAAUCUUAUCAUGCUCAGAUUUCUUCAAUUGAAAUCAGUGGGAAUUAGAAACUUUAAUUGGCUAAAUUGUGUCUUAUUCUUUCAAUUGAUUUUGUAGGGCUUAUUUUAUUCAAAUUUCCGUAUCUCUGCAAAAAAGUUGCAAUCAGUGUUUUAAAGUACAAUUGGGAUUAGGGGAUAUUUAAAAAAAGAGGCUGACCUCUUAAACCAAAAGUUUUAAAAUAUUUAUUAUAUAUAUUUUUGCAGACCUUUCCGUAAAAUACCUUUAACAGUGCAAUACAAUGCAAGUCUUCUUAGAUGUAAGUGUCACUGAGUAAAACAGAGUUUAUUUCCAUUCACUAUGGUUUAACACUCUUACCCAACCUGGCACUUUCAGAUACUUUGGAGUUACUUCUAAAUCUUUUAGUAAUUCCAAGCACAUUAGGCAAAUUCAUCACAAUAAUGCCAAAUUGGAGAAGCCUGGUAGGACUGUAAUUAAUCUGGGAGUAAUCUCACUUAAUCUGUGCUUUACUUCUAAGUAGACACACAUAAGCCUGCACUGUUGUUCUUUUGUAAUGAGAGAUAAAAAGAUUAAACGUUUUAAUAUAAAAAAGUAAAUAAUAUAUUUCCAUUUAUUUAUUGGGUGUCCCUUUAAUGUUUUGUUAUGUACUAUCACUUUAAUUUGGAUUUUAUAUUUAUGAAUUUACAGUUUGUUUUUUAAAUUUAUAAUGCAUAGUUUUACUAGAAUGUGAAUCAGAAUCAGUGACAUAGAUGCAUUCUAGCUGUAUUCCCAGUCAGGAUAAUCCGUUUUUGUUUUUGUUUUUUCCUUUUUUUUGCAAAACUGCUACAGUUUGAAAAACUCUAGAGGGAAGGCUGGAGAGCAUUAUAUGGCACUUUGAAUUAGUUUUUCAUAGGAUUAUCUAUCUAUCUGAUAUGUGGACACACAAACAUGUAAAUAGAUUAAUGUUUCCCGUAAUGUAAAAAGAGCAAAUUAAUAAAAUAAAUAAUGCACUGCUUGUAA